AUGGCAAAGAAUUUGGACACAUACGACUUCUCUUUUUGUCACUCUGCGCUUUCACAAUUGACGGUGUCACGAUAUUGGUUCUGGGAAAGAAGUUAUUACAUUGAAGAGGCUGAGCAUGACUCUCGUGUACGGCUCGAUCUAGCCAACGAUCAAUACAUGAUGAUAAUUAGCUAUCUUGAUCGAUCACUCUGCAAAGAAACCAUAAUCAUAAUGAUACUAAUCAUGCUGUCCAACCUAACCUUGGCGUUUAACAUGUCUCACAUGUUAUUAAUAUUUAACAAAAAAAGCAAUUCCUAUUUUGGAGAUCAAGCAAAUAAUUUCUCUAAAAUAAAAAGAGGCAUACAUACCUUGUACAGACUUACAAAGUAUUUUGUAGUCUUGGCUUUUGGCCAUCUCAUUGACGCAUGCUAUAAAAUAAUGUACCUUAAACAAAACACCAUAGGACCCAAUUACACCACAAGAAAAAACGACCUGUCAAAAAAAAAAGGGCAUUUUCAUCAAAAGCGAAAAACUUUGACCAGAAAACUCUUGGGGUGUGUGUAA